AGUGGAUGUAACCGAAGUACAGAUAGCGAUCACAAUUGUCUUUUUUAUAACUGCAAUUGGAGGAACAAUGAUGUGGGAUUAUACUAUCCCUGUGAUUCAAUUAAAACUGAAGAUGCUACCUCUCAUUGGGAUACUGACAGGAGCCUUUAUUUCUUGUUUUAAUUAUUUCCAAGUCAUCCUUGGUGGAGGAGUUGGCAAGAAUGGAUCCACAACCGCAGGCACCAGUGUUUUGUCACCUGGCAUCCACAUAGGAGUCAUUAUUCUUCUUGCCAUAAUGAUCCACAAAAAAUCUGCAACUCAGCUGUUUGAAAAACAUCCCUGUCUGUAUAUUUUAAUGUUUGGGUGUGUGUAUGCCAAAAUCACACAAAAAUUGGUGGUUGCUCACAUGACCAAAAGUAAACUAAAACUACAAGAUUCCGCAUUUAUUGGGCCAGCUCUUCUGUUUUUUGAUCAAUACUUCAACCACGUUAUAGAUGAAUAUAUUGUUCUGUGGGUAGCAAUGAUCAUCUCUUUAUUUACUUUGCUGAAAUAUUUCAUUACUGUGGUCAUGCAGAUUGCAGAUCACUUAAAUUUACAAGUCUUCAGGAUUCCACCUCCUCCUGUACCCGAACAGGUCCAAGUUCUUUCUUCAAAGAGCCAUCAGAAUAACAUGGAUUGAAGAGAUUUUCGAACACUUGCCAUUUCUUGCUGCUGCUAUUACAAGAAAGGAGAUAUUAAAGAAAUGUUUUAAUAUGUUGAUAAAUUACUUUAAUAUACUGUUUUAUUUGAUGAAAUAUGUAAUUUUUCGAUCUUAAU